AUCGGUUAACUAAGACCCAUCUAUCCAGCAAUGUCGACUAGGGUCCCAACACAUCUCAUGUGAAAAAAAACUCUCUAUUUCUGUCGCCGAUCAAUGUCUAAACUAUAUCUAAUUGAAUUUUCUCACAGAAAAGGUCUCCGAACUCUUAAUCAAAAUCUUAUUCUAGCUUGUUAAUCUUUGAAUCAAUACCUCGAGAAAAACCCCUAAUUGAAAUUUUAUAACCCUAAAAAUUUGGUUUUGUUUGGGAAAUCGAUUCAGUGAUAGUUGAUUCUGCUCAACUCACUUACUCAGUUCGUUGCAGUUUUUGUUUGAUGAUUUUUUAUUUAUUUUUUUAACCUAAAAAUUGUUUUUUUUGUUUACUCUUUCCAAAUGAAACAGCAGACGAGUUUAUGAACAAGAAGAAGACUGCUACAAUUAAGGAAAAGUCUUAUCAUAGAACAGUACCAGCUGCAAAAGCCAAGUAACGUAGACAGAAAAAGACGAGUCUGCUAGCUACCAUGAGUACAGAUCAGGCCCAAGUUCAUCCAGAGGAAUCUCCCAUAAAUUUUAAUCUGCCCACACGGGAGGGUCAGGUGACCGAGAAGCCAAGUGGGGGUCUUCUAGAUUUUAUUAGGGUUCCUAAAUUGAGUGAGUAUGGAACUGUAGAGUACAUUGUUAUUCCAACACGUUCUUAUUGGUUGGAGAUCAUUCGCGAGGAUUGGGGAGCCACUGACGAGGAAAUUAUAGCUUGUAUCAAAGCUGCCCCUCAGCGAUCACGAUUCAAAAUUGAAGUGUGUGGUUCCUAUAUGGGACACGGGGUUAUUGUACGUGCUAAUAGUAGGAGAAAUCCAAUAGUUGUUAAAUGUACGGUUGUUGAUGAUCGUGUUUCUCCGUUCUAUCACGAGUUACUAGGAGUGUCUCUGGGUAUGAAGCUCGCCAUGAAAUACAAAAUUGUCUAUUUUGAUUUGAAUUGCGUGUCUGAGGUUGUUGCAGAGUAUGUUAUGCGGACUUGGGAUAUGAAGAAUGAAUGUGGUUGCCCACCAAGAGAUAAAAAGGACUAUUGUGUCAAAUGUUCAGAAAGUAUGUUGGAUGCUAUUGGUGAAAGGCAGAACGCAGAUAAAAUUUCUGCUGUAGUUGAUGAAAUUUUUUAUGAUGCUUUAGAGUUUGGAGAGGAAGGUUUUCUAGACUUUUAUCUAUAUCCUAUUAAAUUAUCAAGAGCUAAAGCUGUUUGUCAUUUAGCGAAGUCAGGAGUAGACCGGGAGAUGAGAAUUCAUGAAAUUGAAGAGGAUGCAGAACUAGCAGAGAUUCUUUAUAAAGAAGUUUUCGGUCAUGGAUCUGAAGAGGAGGUGGGAUUACAGAAACAGCAGCUGAUGUUGCGGAAACAAGAAAGGAAAUUGCAGAAACAAAAGAAUCUGGCUGCAGAGGGUGCUUAACAAGAGAGCCUUUGGAGACAGUAAAACCUAAUUGAUUUGUCAGCUGCAUUCUUGGAAGAUGUCAACAACUCAUUUUGUAAUAGUUUAAGGUCCAACUACAUUAGUAGAAAGGAUAACUUAUAAGCUUGCUACUAAGUUAUAGAAUGUGCUGGAGACUGUAUUUAUUUCACUCUGUCAUUGCUUAGGAGUCUCUAAUUCUGUAUAACUCUUUGUGAAGGUUAUUCUGUUUUGGCAGUGCUGCAAGCUGAACUAAAAUUAAAUUCCGAAACCACUGUUGGUUAGAAAUUCUGAGCAUCUUUAUGGCCA